AUGAAUGGUGCUUCCGCAGCAACAAGCACCAGCGAGUCCAGCACCGACAUUUCCUCAAUCAGUCCGGUCCAGAGGGACGCAGCGGAUCAGCGACUUGAUGACGGAUCUAGGCGCAGUUCACCACUCACGGCACCCAGCUCUGCUACGUCGGAAGAGGAUGAGGUACAGCUAAUUGAAGCGUCCUCUUUCGCAUCAAAAGCGCCAUCGCGCAGAAGCAACGCCAGUAAGACAUCAGAAGGAGCUACGACCCCGUCGCGAGUGAGCCCCAUUCCUCCCAAAGAUUCGACCCGUACCCAUCGAGAUGUUGCAGCGCCAUCGUCGUCUGGACACUCGAUGCCCAGCUCAGGAUUCGUCUCCACUUUCAAGCGGGCGAGGCUUUCGGAUCGAACACGCAAGGAGGCACACACAGAGGCCCAGAUACAGAGGCCGUUGAGUGCAAGCAGCGAAAGCGAGAUGAACUAUGACGAUGAGGAAGACGAAGUAUCGCCGCGCAAGGCUGGAAGGAAGCGAGGCGUGAUGGUCAUCGAUGACGACGACGAUUCAGACGCAAAGGCUACGCCCACGCUCGAGCGUACACGACAUUUCUCUUCGGAAGAUGUGGAGCUUGUUGAGCCGCCCAGCUCGUCCGAUCAGCUCACCUCGGCUCCGCUAUCUACACCGACUGCUGGCAGCAAGCGCAAAGCCAGUGUGUUGGCGCGUGAACUCAACUCGAAAUUGAGCUGGAACCUGAAUCUGCCCAUUGAGGAAGCAGUGAGAAACGAUGCUGGCCCUUCAAAGUCGCGCACAAGACCUGUGAAGCGCAAGAGCAAUGGCGCGGCUACGAGUGCGGCUUUGCCAAGCUCUGAAGAUCGAAAGACCAAGUCGCCUAGGAAAUCGGCCAACAAGCCAGCACCCGAUAGGAGCGGUAAGUCGCUGUCGGCUGUCUCCGAUGUUUGUCGGCAUUUCAGCACCGUUAACAGCCCUUACCUCCGUACAGAGUGGCGGGAGAUGAUCGAUGGAAAUUUGUGGGAGCAUCAGUCAACGUCCUGUCAACAUCGCUCCAUCUCUCACUUUGCAAGAUGCGUGGCUUGUAUUGCGAAAUUGACAGGUGACGGAUGCCGCUUCAGGUAUCUGCGGUGUCUUCCUCUCGAUGCCGACGGUAAUCUCAAACCUCCAUUGUCUACACUCAAAGCGGAGCCGAGCACUUUACAAGGCACAACUCGGGAGGGGGUGGAUAACGAGCAUUUCUUCGCCUCUGAGGUACACCCCGAGGAGCCGGCCAUCUUUCCCGAUCCGAGGAAUGGAUACAAUUUGCGGAUGACAAGGGAAAUACGAAAAGUCACAAAAGUGAGUGCUCCGCUUAUGAGCAUACAAUCAGUAUGCCGCUCAUUAAUGGUUUUCCAUGCAAAUGCAGAUCACUGCAGCAAAACAUUUACUAUCUCUACUCGAGGAAGAAUUGGCGCACGCCUCUCUGCCGGGCUGCCUAGUUCGUCGCCGAUCCUUAAAAGAAGCGAUCUCGUGCGACGCCUGCAACACCAGCCUCUUCUCUGCCAGCUUCUUUUGCAAGCUAUGCGGGAGGGAGCUGUGUAGGGAAUGUCAGGCUCGUUUAGUGGCCGAAGUGGAGCAGGGAGCACAAGCGGUCUGGAGAAGCAACAAGAUACCUGCAUACGCGAAAUGCAGAUUUGGGGCAAACAGGAAGGGCUCUACAGUGCAUCACGAACUUGACAUGAUGGUGCCUGUGACACGAUUUCGACGAGCAGAUCUUGAAGGUGAAGUCACCGCGAUGAAAGAAUGUCUUGCGAUUCAAUCACCGGGCGAAUCCAACCGUGGACCCGGACCACUCGAGCGAGUACUCGGCGAGGGCACAGACCCUGAUGCUGCAGCUUCGUAUCAGAGUAGUGUAUCGUCUGGCCCAGGACGUGCACCAGUCCGAUCACUUGUCAUCAAUUACAUGGACACAGCCAAUUUGACGGAAGACUCUUUCGACGCCGCUUGGAGCCGAGGCGAGCCGUUGGUCAUCACGAAUGUCAUCACAGCAUCUGUCUGGAGUCCCGCACGUUUUGCGCAAGAAAACCAGGGUAACCGAGCAUACAUCGUCCGGUGCGAUAAGACGGAUGCGUUCAAGCAGGUCAUGGUCUCAGACUUUUUCAACACGUUUGGAAAAAGCGGAGAGCAAAAGACCGCUGCCCUCGGAAAGGGCAUUUGGAAGCUCAAGGUGCGUCGAUGAGUCGAGUCGAGGUGUGCGUGGUUGUUUUUGUAACUCAUCGAGAAACUCUUCGCGAGACGCCAACAGGACUGGCCAGACAGCGCCAACUUUGCGGACGAAUUCGGCCAGCUAUACAAGGAGUUUCAAGAAGCCGUGCCAGCGCCCGAUCUCUCACGCAGAGAUGGACGGAGGAACAUUUCCGCAAUGUUCCCAUCCAACGCCAACGCUCCUGAUCUUGGUCCAAAGAUGUACUGCGCUUGGCCUGGAGACCUGAGUAAGUUGAAUGUCUUUUGGGGAGGGAAUGGAGCGCAGUGGCUGAUGCUGAUUUAUUUCACACUCGCGGCUGCAGCAACUGGAGGCAAGGGAUCUACGCUCUUGCAUAUGGAUAUGGCAGACGCCGUCAACAUCAUGCUCUAUGCUGCUCCCUCGGCCGAUGGAGUCCCGCAAGGUGCAGCGUGGGAUCUUUUUCGGGCCGAGGAUUCAGAUGCGUUGCGUUCAUUCAUCCGGCAAAGAUUUCCAGAACAGUGCACAGCGCAAGACCCUAUCCACACCCAGAACUUCUACUUGGACGAAAGCUUGCUGAACGAGCUGUACGACAAGCAUCGAGUGAAGCCGUGGAGGGUUUAUCAGCGAGCCAAUGAGGCAGUGUUCAUUCCUGCAGGGUGUGCACACCAAGUUUGCAACUUGACAGAUUGCAUCAAGGUCGCCGUCGAUUUCAUCUCUCCUCAUAAUGUCGACAGGUGCUUCAAGUUGACGCAGGAAUUUAGAGGCAUGACAGAUGGGAUACAGAAGAGCUGGAAAGCGGACGUAUUGCAGCUCAGAGCUCAAUUGUGGUUCGCGUGGGCUGCCUGCAGGAGCUAUGAACAAGCGGAACAGAUUACGGAGGCGGAGGUGAUAAUGGCAGAUGAGGCAGCUGGCAAGGCGGCAGGAGCACCUGAUCAGAGCGAUGGUGUUCCAGCUGACGGAGGUGCUGAAUCACAGAGCGGUGUCGACGCCAAGUUCCUUGGAACAGCUUCCUCUCGCUGA